GUGAAGCCUUUUCAUUUCUCUUAUUAUGUUUCUUUUCAUUUCAAAUAAUUCAUUGUUAAUAAAAAAAUAAAAAUAAAAAACUGUGUUUAAAAUUAAGUUGAAAAAAUUCCAUUUGAUAUUGGUAGAGCAUACAUGCAGGAAGGAGGAUGGAUGAAGGAAAUGGAAUAACAACAACAACAACAACAACAACAACAACAAAGAGGAGAGGAUGCUCCAGCUCCUGCUCCUGCACAAAAGACGAUUUUCUCCCGGAGGAGUCGUUCAGGAGCUGGGGCAAUUACGUAACUGCACUCAAGCACACUCCGUCUCGGUUCAAGGAUCGGGUGCUGAGCCGCUCCUUGGACACCACGGAGCUGGUGCAGAUGAAGGCUCGCAGCCAAAACGAAAUGAAGAAGACGUUGAACUGGUGGGACCUCAUCUGGUUCGGCAUUGGAGCCGUCAUCGGUGCCGGAAUCUUCGUGCUCACAGGAAUCGAGGCCAAAAAAGAAGCGGGUCCCGCCGUCGUCUUAUCCUACGUGGUGUCGGGUGUGUCGGCCAUGCUUUCUGUUUUCUGCUACACAGAAUUCGCCGUGGAAAUCCCCGUUGCAGGUGGGUCGUUCGCCUACUUGAGAGUGGAGCUGGGAGACUUCAUGGCGUUCAUAGCUGCCGGUAACAUCCUGCUGGAAUACGUGGUGGGAGGAGCCGCCGUGGCACGCUCCUGGACAUCCUACUUCGCCACUCUCUGCAACCGCAAGCCGGACGACUUCCGUGUGGUGGUAGGGGGCCUCGCCCAAGGAUACAACCAUCUGGACCCCAUUGCCGUCGUCGUCAUCGCCUGCGUCUGUGCCCUGGCCGUCACCAGCACCAAGGGCUCCUCCCGUCUCAACUAUGUCGCCUCCAUCCUCCAUUUGCUAAUCAUUGCCUUCAUCAUCAUCGCCGGCCUCGCCAAUUCCAAUCCCGCCAACUACUCCCCCUUUCUUCCCUACGGUUCCCGCGGCAUUUUCAAAGCCUCCGCCGUCCUCUUCUUCGCCUACAUCGGCUUCGACGCCGUUGCCACCAUGGCCGAAGAAACCAAGAACCCCGCCCGCGACAUCCCCGUAGGCCUCGUGGGCUCCAUGACCCUCACCACCCUCCUCUACUGCCUCCUCGCUGUCACCCUCUGCCUUAUGCAGCCCUUCCACCAGAUCGACGCCGACGCCCCCUUCUCCGUUGCCUUUCAGCACGUCGGCCUCGGCUGGGCCAAAUACCUCGUUGCUUUUGGCGCUCUCAAGGGCAUGACCACGGUCCUGCUCGUCGGAGCCGUGGGCCAGGCCCGCUAUCUCACCCACAUUGCCCGCACCCACAUGAUGCCUCCCUGGCUGGCCCACGUCAAUCCCCGCACGGGCACCCCAGCCAAUGCCACCAUCGUCAUGCUUGCUGCCUCCUCCGUCAUCGCCUUCUUCACGAAACUCGACAUCCUCGCCGACCUCCUCUCCAUCUCCACUCUCUUCAUCUUCACGCUCGUUGCCCUCGCCCUUCUCGUUCGUCGCCACUAUGUCAGGGGCCAGACCUCCCCCUCCCACCGCACCAAGCUCGCCCUCUUCAUUCUCCUCAUCUUGGGCUCUUCCACUGCCACCGCUUUGUAUUGGGCCAUGAAUGAUGGAGGCUGGAUUCUGUACGCCGUAUCUGCCCCCAUCUGGUUCCUUGCAACCCUCGGCCUGCAUCUUUCCGUUCCCAAAGCAAGGACUCCCAAACUCUGGGGUGUUCCAUUUGUGCCGUGGUUGCCCUCCGCCUCCAUUGCCGUUAACAUCUUCCUUCUUGGUUCCAUUGAUAAAGCUUCCUAUGAGAGGUUUGGAAUCUGGACCUUUCUUAUGCUGCUUUACUAUUUAUUCUUCGGACUGCAUGCUUCAUACGACACCGCCAAACAAUCCUCCGACGUGGAUGACUCCAUUACUAGUCAAGUGCAAAAGGUAGAAGAGGGCUCUGUCUCCGCCACAACGCAGACUACUUGAACUGUCAACUGCAUACACUAUAUAUAUAUAUAUAUAGCCGCCCGCUAGUACAAUUCAUGUAUUUCACAUUUAUAAAUUGGUUCUCUUCGGAUUCUUGUCGUCUUGUUCAUAUAAUAUUCUUCGAUUA